AUGUCGUUGAGCAAGACCUUAGAGUUGGAGCAUUUCGACGAACGGGACAAGAUCAGGCGCGGCCGAUCCACAAGAACCAAACGCGAGGACUCAAACGGCGGACCCAGUUCCAGAGGGAGCAGCCUGGUCCCGAGCCCGGCCCACAGCACCAACUGCAGCUACUACCGCACGCGCACCCUCCAGGCCCUGACGUUGGAGAAGCGAGCCAAGAAAGUGCGCUUUUUCCGCAAUGGAGACCGGUAUUUCAAGGGGCUGGUCUACGCCGUGUCGUCCGAUCGGUUCAGGUCCUACGACGCGCUGCUGAUGGAGCUGACGAAAUCGCUGGCGGACAAUCUGCACCUGCCACAAGGAGUGAGGAACAUCUACACCAUAGACGGGAGCAAGAAGAUCACCUCCAUGGAUGAGCUUGUGGAAGGAGCUGUGAAAAACACACGGGUUUCGAGAAGUUCUGUCACCUUCAGUCCUGAGUUUGUACAGAGUGCGCCCAACUUCAGCAAACUCAGAUGCGGGAAAGACUAA